UAAAAGUGAAAAUUUAAAGUUGCAAGUAAAACGAAUUGGGGGAAGUAUUUGGAAUUCUAGAGUCCGUUUAGUGAAUUGAGCCCGUUUUCUGCACUGGUUAGCCAAUGUCAAUUCAUUUAUAAACAAUUGCGGAGUAUGCCUUAUACUUCCAGCCCUAAUUCAGCAUUUCUUCUCGUUAUCGUGAAAGCCAUGGAAGUCUCUGUAUUUUUGGAUUCCAGUCGCGCCACAUUUUCUGGAUUAGCUUUUCUCAAGUGAUACAUUCCUUCAUUUUGGUAUUCGUAAUUGUUUGGGGCAAAAAAGUGACUACUGGAAAGUUCAGGGAAAAACGAGUGGCAUAAAUGAAAUUAACCGAAAUAGAAGGCUGAUAUGCAUCUUACUUAAUAGUCAUCUGAGUCGCUAAUCUAUAGAAUCCUACAGCCAUGGAUCUCCCAAAACCAAAGAAGAGAAGUAACCGCCUCCUCUUAAAGCAGAACAAAGAAGUAGCUGAAGAUGAGCCCAAGAAUAGAUUUGGUUGUUUGCCACCGGAAAUCGCCAAGGAAAUUCUCUCGAGGCUUCCCAAUGUCAAAUCUAUUUUCCAGUUCAGGUCUGUUAGUCGUUCCUUGGAACUCUGGUCUCAUGAUUCCCAUGUUUUUCGUAUGCACUUCUCUCGGAGUAGUAGUACAGGGUUGAAACUCCUCUAUUUCUAUUCGUCAAAUGUAGAACUCCACUUUGUCGAAUUCUCCGAUAUUAAUGAAGAGGGACUGAUUGCAAGAAAAAUUGAAAAUGCAUUUGUUGAUCUGACACCAAGAUCGUUUUGGGUGCAUGGCUCAUCCAAUGGCAUUAUGAUUUUACAAGAUCUGCAUAAUUGGAAUUGGAAGUGCCUAUAUAAUCCUUUCACAAGGGACUAUAAAGUUGUACCCGAACUGGAUGGCUCGUCAUCUUUUUCAUAUUGGUGGCCUGCAUGCCAUCCAGUUACCAACGAUUGCAAAAUAUUUGCUAUACGCUCCAGUUAUGGUUUGGUUCUUAGGUCAAUAGCCUAUGUAUAUUGUCUGAGUAGGAAUGAGUGGACAAGAUUAGGAGAGUUUUCUUUUGAAGUAGAAGGUCACUCGCAAAAUCAAGGAGUUUUGGUCCAUGGGAGAAUCCACUGUCUCACUUUGCAAAACAAAGGGAAAGGGAAAGUGUCUCGUUUUCUUAAUAUUACAUCGAUUGGCAUCAUGGAUUAUUCUGUCAAGGAGGUUCCCAUGCCUGCGGAGGUUAUAUUUAAAAAUAGUAAAAGAUCUCAACUUGCUGUUUUAGGGGGAUGUUUGUCGGUUGGCGUAAGAAGAGUAGAUUCAAGGAUGCAUAUUUGGGUGAUGAAAACAUAUGAAAUGGAAUCAUCUUGGGUGAAGCAGUAUGUUUUUGGGGCUGAAUUUUUCAAAUUUGAUCGCAAUUGGAGGAGCCGUGGCGAAGAAAUGUUACAGAUUGUAUGCCUUCUCAACAAUGAGGAAAUCUUGCUAGCUUACGAUGGAGAUGGGCAACGACAUUUCAUUUCAUACAAUGUUGUUACUAAAGGUUAUAAGACUCUCACUUUUGGCGGAACGUUGCCAACAAAGUCAUUUAGAGUUGCAAUUGAUACAUGCUGCUGGUCAGCUUAAAUGAACAUUUCACACUCACAUUCAAAUACUGCUUUCUUGCUCUGAAAAGGAAGCAUUUUCCAUCUGGUCUUUCAUAGUUUGAUUCUAAAUCUCACAGCAGUUAUUGCCUGCUAUUUUACGCUGUGAUGUUUUUGGAAAAGCAAACAGCUUAAAAGAAAUCGGUGUGGGGAAUUAUCAAAUAUGGGUUGGCUGUAAUGCGUUCUUCUUGGUGCCCGAAAAGACAGUGCACAACAUCUGGCUGGUCAUAAUUUUGUUUUGUUUAGUACAAGUGUAUGAUAAUAAUAUUCUUAAUGAUAGUGUUCGAACUUCGAAGAUCCAUGUUUUAAAAGGAUGUCUAAUUUUUUGCUUGUUAUUUUUAAUUUUGUAUAGCUCGUAUAAUGUAUAAUAUCCUCGUUCUUAAA